UAGGUAGGUGUUCACUCAUCAUAUCUUUACGAGAGCUUUCUAUCGUCUAUUUAGCCUCAAAAACAUCUAGCUAGCUCCCUUUUCACGUCUCCAAUAUUCUCUCAGAUUCAUCUAGUUCUUUAACGGCUGAAAGAAGGUCCCUGCCUGCCUAUUUGGAUGAUUAUGAUUAAGAAUCUGUUUGCAAGCGCUUCUAACCUUUCUAGCUCUUGAAAAUUUUGAUCAAAAGAGUUGUUUUCAAGUAAUAGAAAGACUACAGAUACUUCUUAAGAUGAUCACUAUCAAAUUAGUUGCUGCCAGAAGGUGUUUUGAAGAACGCUGUAGAGAAAAGAUCACAAAAUAACUGCGUAGACUAGUUCUGUAUGCAUGCACAGAUGUCCUGAUGAUUUGGGAAACAGCUCUAAUAGCUCUCAAGAGUAUGUGGACGGACUACCCACCCAAUUGGGGUGUUAAUGAUCCCUGUGGAAACAGAUGGGAAGGAAUUGUGUGCUUCAAGGAACGUGUGAUCUCCGUAAUAUUAACUAGCAUGGAUUUGAAGGGUGAACUAUCAGGAGACCUCCAGGGAUUAUCUGAAUUACAGACUCUGGAUCUAUCUUACAACCAGGGUCUAACAGGAAGCAUUCCAUCAUCAAUUGGGAACUUGAAGAAGCUAACAAACUUAAUCCUUCUUGGAUGCAGUUUCUCUGGUCCAAUUCCAGAUUCAAUAGGAUCUCUGACAAACCUUGUUGUUUUGUCUCUGAACUCUAAUAGCUUCAGUGGGGGCCUACCACCUUCCAUUGGUAAUCUAUCUAAUCUCAAUUGGCUGGAUCUAACCAACAACCAACUCACUGGAACCAUUCCAAUCUCUAAUGGGAUGACAUCUGGUCUGGAUAAGCUCAUCAAAGCACAGCAUUUCCACCUUGGAAAGAACCAGCUCUCUGGUUCAAUCCCCCCUGAACUUUUCAGCCCAAACCUGACUCUGAUACACUUGCUUCUUGACAACAACAAGCUUACUGGCAGCAUCCCUUCCACACUUGGACUUGUGAAGGCUUUGGAGGUGAUACGCCUUGAUGGCAAUUCAUUAAGUGGGCCUGUUCCUUCGAACAUCAGCAAUCUUACAAAUGUCAGUGAAAUGUUAUUGUCCAACAAUAUGUUGACUGGCACUGUGCCUGAUCUUACCGGCAUGAACAGCCUCACCUACCUGGACAUGAGCAACAAUAGUUUUGAUGCAUCCGAAGAGGUUCCUUCAUGGUUCUCACAUUUGCCGUCUUUGACAACAUUAAUAAUGGAGCACACAAAACUUGGUGGAGCUCUGCCUGUCUCCCUCUUCAGCCUUCCCAAUUUACAGACUGUGAAACUAAAGAACAACCGGAUUGAUGGCAAACUAGAUUUUGGUCCUCACUAUACCAACCAACUGCAACUCGUGGAUUUGCAGCAAAAUUCCAUUACUGCUAUGUCUGCGAUUCCACAAAUAACAGAACCCGAAUUUAAAUUAAUACUUGCGGAUAACCCAAUUUGUCAGGAAGGAGCAAAUACUGAAAUAUACUGCAAGAUUUCCCCAUCCAUCACGCCAUAUUCAACACAACCAAACGACUGUGUGCCCCCUUCCUGUAGUCCAGAUCAAAAUUUCAGCCCAAACUGUAGAUGUGCUUAUCCAUACAUGGGAACCCUUGUCUUUAGAGUUCCUACCUUUUCAGACUUGGGAAACCGAAGCCGAUACAAAGAUAUUGAGCACCUUCUGAUGUUUUCUUUUCAGUCUCUGAAACUUCCUGUAGAGUCAGUUUCCCUGACUGACCCAAUGAAGGGCUCAAAUGAUUCCCCUGAAGUAAGCCUGGAAGUCUUUCCAUAUGGCCAAGAUCGUUUCAAUAGAACAGGAAUUUCUGCGGUUGGGUCUGCGCUCAGCAACCAAUCUGCACCAUUCUACUUCAAAGCUGAUCUGUAUCAACACUUUGAAGAGGCACCAAAAAAGUCAUCAAACACCGGCAUCAUCAUUGGAGCAGCAGCCGGUGGCUCCGUGAUUGUGCUAUUAUUACUCUUUGCAGGGAUUUAUGCUUUUUGUCAAAAGAGGAGGGCAGAAAGAGCAACUAAACAGAGCAAUCCUUUUGCAAAGUGGGAUCAGAGUAAAGGCAGUGGUAGUAUUCCUCAGUUAAAAGGAGCAAGAGGGUUCACAUUUGAAGAGAUCAAGAAAUGCACCAACAAUUUUUCUGAAGCCAAUGGUGUUGGAUCUGGAGGCUAUGGGAAGGUGUAUAGAGGAAUCCUUCCCACUGGGAAUAUGGUUGCCAUCAAACGAGCUAAACAGGAAUCAAUGCAGGGUGGUCUGGAGUUCAAAACUGAACUUGAGCUUCUAUCAAGAGUUCAUCAUAAGAAUGUUGUCGGCCUUGUAGGUUUCUGCUUUGAGCAUGGUGAACAGAUGCUGGUAUAUGAGUUUGUCCCCAAUGGUAGUCUCAAGGAAUCUCUUUCAGGGAAGUCAGGAAUCAAGUUGGACUGGAGGAAAAGACUCAAGGUAGCACUUGGUUCAGCCAGAGGUCUGGCAUAUCUGCAUGAGCUUGCCGAACCUCCCAUCAUCCAUAGGGACAUCAAAUCGAACAACAUUCUAUUGGAUGAACGCUUAAAUGCAAAAGUUGCUGAUUUUGGUCUCUGCAAGCUUUUGGCUGACAGUGAGAAGGGUCAUGUUACCACUCAAGUCAAAGGGACAAUGGGCUAUAUGGAUCCGGAAUAUUACAUGUCCCAACAGUUGACUGAAAAGAGUGAUGUUUACAGCUUUGGAGUGCUAAUGUUGGAGCUAAUAUCAGCAAGAAAGCCGAUAGAGCGAGGGAAAUACAUCGUAAAAGAGGUGAAGAUAGCGAUGGAUAAGACAAAAGAUCUAUACAACCUUCAGGGCCUUCUUGACCCAACCCUGGGCACAACACUUGGAGGGUUCGACAAGUUUGUGGAUCUAGCACUGAGAUGUGUUGAAGAAUCAGGAGCUGAUAGACCUACAAUGGGUGAGGUGGUGAAAGAGAUUGAAAACAUCAUGCAGCUGGCUGGUCUGAAUCCCAUUAUUGAAUCAUCCUCUGCCUCAGCAAGCUAUGAGGAGUCAAGUACGGGUACUUCCAGCCAUCCCUAUGGCAAUAAUUCCGCUUUUGAUAAUAGUGUGGGCUAUUCCCCUUCUACAGUACAGCCCAAGUGAGCACAGGUGUCAUUUUAUGUUUCUUACAUUAAACUUGUUAGUACUUGGCUGGUUCUUUCUGCUUAGGAGUUAUCUUUAUCUCCUGCCUAUGUGGUGGCCUCUCCAUCCAGCCUUGAACUUGUAUGGAACUUGUGAUGUUUGUUGAGCCUACAUAAUGUUUGUAUCAUAUGGUGAGAACAGUACUGAGUACAUAGGUUGUGAUGGAAGGAGUGAAAUUCUUGUAUGAUACUAUAUAUAAAUAAAUAAAAGGAUUACCUUGAAA